GCAAGUUCACCUGUAUAGAAGCUCGUUUCCACCUGGAGCGGCAGAUGGGCUAUUACUUGAUUCAGAUGUACAUCCCCAGCCUCCUCAUUGUCAUUCUGUCCUGGAUCUCCUUCUGGAUCAAUAUGGAUGCUGCACCUGCUCGCGUUGGCCUGGGGAUCACCACAGUGCUCACCAUGACCACACAGAGCUCUGGUUCCCGAGCAUCACUGCCCAAGGUGUCCUACGUGAAGGCCAUAGACAUCUGGAUGGCCGUGUGCUUGCUGUUUGUGUUCUCUGCACUUCUAGAGUAUGCUGCCGUCAACUUCGUGUCUCGGCAGCACAAGGAACUGCUCAGGUUCAGAAGGAAGAGGAGGCAUCAUAAGGAGGAUGAAGCUGGUGAAGGCAGGUUCAACUUCACUGCCUAUGGGAUGGGACCGGCUUGCUUACAAGCCAAGGAUGGCAUCUCCGUCAAGGGCGCCAACAACAACAACACAGCCAACCCAGUCCCCCCACCAUCCCGCUCCCCCGAGGAGAUGCGAAAGCUCUUCAUUCAGCGAGCCAAGAAGAUCGAUAAGAUCUCACGCAUCGGCUUCCCUAUGGCAUUCCUCAUCUUCAACAUUUUCUACUGGAUCAUCUACAAGAUCGUCCGCAGAGAGGAUGUGCACAACCAGUGA